AUGCUUCAGAUGUCUACUACUUUUACUAGAAUUUUUGUGAAGAAACACUUCCCCCUGUUCUUAGAUGACGAGUACCAAUGGAAGGGACCCUUCUACUUCAUCCAAGGAGCAGAUCCUCAGUUUGGACUGAUGAAAGCUUGGGCAGUUGGAGACACUGACAAUGGAGAUAAUGAAUGGGGAGAAGAAAUCAAAUUAACAGAGCAAGCAGUGCAGGCCAUUAACAAACUAAACCCUAAACCCAAGUUCUUUGUGUUGUGUGGAGACCUUAUCCAUGGAAUGCCAGGAACCCAAUGGAGAAAGGACCAAGAGCAAGAUUUAAAGAGUGUUCUGAAGAACACUGACCAGGAGAUCCCGUUGGUAUUCGUCAGCGGAAAUCACGAUAUUGGCAAUACUCCAACAAGAGAAACAAUAGAUAAUUAUUGCAAGAACUGGGGAGAUGACUACUUCAGCUUUUGGGUUGGAGGUGUUUUCUUUCUUGUGCUGAAUUCUCAGUUAUACUUCGAUUCUUCCAAAUGCCCUGAGUUAAAGCAGGCCCAGGAUGUGUGGCUCAGUGAGCAACUGGCUGUCGCUGAAAAACAUAAAUGCAAGCAUGUAAUAGUAUUUCAACACAUCCCACUGUUUCUGAGAAAACCGGAUGAAGACCACGAUUAUUUCAACUUGGAAAAAUCAGUUCGUCAAGAGAUAAUGGAAAAGUUUCAUAAAGCAGGCAUUAAAGCGGUAUUUUCUGGACAUUACCACAGGAAUGCUGGAGGGUCCUACAGAGGACUGGAAAUGGUGGUUUCAUCAGCAAUAGGAUGCCAGCUGGGAGAAGAUCCGCAUGGGCUGCGAGUGGUUGUUGUCACAGAGGAGAAGAUUGUUCAUAGAUACUACAGCUUAAAUGAGCUGAGCAGCCAAGGCAUCGAGAAGGAGCUGCUGGAUAUGCUUGCUACGCAGAACUAGGCUAUGUCGAAUGAUGACAUCUUGUUCUGUGUGAGACAAACAGAAACAGUUUCAGAAAGUUUCCCCAAGCUGAA